CGCCUCUAAAUAUGUUUUAAUCUUGAUAAAACAUAUCAAAUUAAGGGUCUCACAUAAUUAGAGUAGAAAAAGAAGCUAAAAAAAUAAAUACUUCAACUUCGGUUCAAUUUAAACUCAAUUUUCUUCCAAUUAUAUUUACUCUAAAACUACCGAUCACACUCUUCGUGUGUAAGAUAAUAUAGUCUUGGCAAAUCAACUGGAAAAAUAAUUUAUCCACAUGUAUGUAUACAUUAAUAUUAUUCAUAGACCUAAUUAAUAAUCCUCACAUGGUGUCUCUCUUUCUCUCCCCAUCUCUCACUAUAUAUAUACUUGUGCUUCAUGUUAUUAGCUUACUCAGUCUUUCUUGAUACUUCAAUACAUAGAACAAGAACUCAAAAAAAAAAGAUAGAAUAUAUGGCAUUAAUGGUGAAGAAUAGUCCAUACGAGUACACAAAGAUGGAGAAAGAAGACCCUCAAGAGCUAAUUCACAGCAGAGCUCAAUUUCUAAUUCAGAAGGUUUUAGAACGAGCAGACAACAAGACCAGACAACAGCAACAGAGGAGGAGAUUGUCUGGACCAUUGAUUAUGAUCAGAGUGGUUGGGAUAAGAAUGAGAAUUGGUAAGAAGCUAAGGAAGCUGAGGAAGAGUAAUAGUUGUGUCUGCAAUAAUCUUAUCUCUCGUUUCCUCAAAUCUUUUAAACGUUUCUUGUGUUCUUCUUCUUCAUCUUCUUCUUCUCGAACUAUCUCUGAUCUUCCUCCUCUCUUCUCUCUUCAAGUUUGA